CGAAUGUUGGAAGUGACACUGUAAAGAAGGUUAACAUCCAUAGAGAGGAUCAAAGAGAUAAAAAACAAAAGCUGCAAACAACUGUAAAAGGGAGAAGAAAAGGGAUUGGUGACGAAGAGAAACUGAGCCAAAAGCUUGAUCUGGAAGGUACAGUCAAUACUGGUGGAGUUUUGCAUAUCAACCAGUUUCAAAAACCUUCUAAACGUAGAGCCUCAUCAGAACCAUGAAGCUUACUGGGACUAUCCUUAAACUGGAGUACGCUCAUUGCAGCACAGACACAGAGCGUUUAAACAACAUGAUGGUGAUGCCACUGCAAACAAAUACAACAGAUUCAACAGCGUCAGCACCCACCCCAUCCCUAUCGCGGGCUGAUGGAGGUAGGACUCAGUGUUCCAUAUGUGCAGACAGAGCCACAGGUAAACAUUAUGGUGCAUCCAGCUGUGAUGGCUGCAAGGGCUUCUUCAGGAGAAGUAUUCGCAACAACCACACGUACAACUGUAGGUUCCACAGGCAAUGUACUGUGGACAAAGACAAAAGGAACCAGUGUCGUUACUGCAGACUACAAAAGUGUUUCAAGGCUGGAAUGAGAAAAGAAGCCGUGCAGAAUGAGAGAGACUGCAUCAACAGUUACAGAGCCAAGGGACAGACAGUGGGUACUCUGUCCAUCAGUGUGCUCCUGUGGGCCGAGGCCAGUGUGCAACAGUUCCCAGUGCUGGUCUCACCUGGGAGUGAUGACAUCAAAACCAAGAAGACAGCCUGCGUGGGAGACGUGUUUCAGUCCAUGAAGCAGCAACUCCUCCUGCUGGUAGAAUGGGCAAAACACAUCCCUGAGUUUUGUAGCCUCCCAAUAGAUGACAGGGUAACCCUGCUCCGAACCCACUCUGCAGAACAUCUUAUUCUAGGGGCAGCAAGACGCUCUCUACCUUACAACAAUCUCAUUCUCCUAGGUAACAACUUUGUGAUCCCCCUGAGAGGUGCACAGAUAGAGGUGUCCAGAGUCGCUUUCAGAAUCCAAGAGGAGCUGGUCAAAACUCUCAGAGAGCUGGACAUCACAGACAAAGAGUUUGCUUGCCUCAAAACCAUUGUCUUCUUUGCCCCAGACUGUCCGGGUUUGGAGAGUCCUAAGGUGGUUCGACAUUUGCGUUUCCAGGCCCAGUUGCUGCUAGAAGCAACCUGUGAGCAGCGAGGAAGGUUUGGGGAGCUCUUGUUGAUCCUGCCUCCCCUGCAGAGUGUGGCCUGGCAGAUGGUGGAGACUCUCCACUUAGCACAGCUCCUGGGUGAAGCCAGAAUGGACAGCCUGCUGCAGGAGAUGCUGCUGGGAGAGGGAGCCAAAACAGGAUAUGGACUGUGUACAGUUUCUCCUCUUCCUUCAGGCAAUGGCAAGAGUCAAGACCAGCAAAGAGCUUCACCUACAAACGUCACCUCUGUCAUAUCUCACGUUUCAACAUCUCUUCCAAGUGCCGUCCCUGCUGCCCACACAGACUGGCACUGAGGUGUACAGACAUGGCGAUGCUGCCAAUGUACCCACGGCAUACCAGUGGUACCUGUCCACACCAAGAAACAUAUCAAGAAGCAACAACUUAACCAAGGAGUGGAGAGGAGUUAUGAGCUUGAGACAGAACACAGACUAACAUAUACACGCUCAGCCACAUACACACAGUACAGACAUGCAGUUAUGCAUACAUACAAGUGCAGUCAACCACUACUUGUGUCCAAUAUUGUUCAUUUGUCCGAGACAGGACAUAAAUAACAUUUUGAAUUCUACUUUAUACGGGAGCACAUGAAUCACUGGAUCAACAGAGCAUUCAGCACAUUUCAAGACUUUAAAAGAAAGCUACUGACAUACACAACAUUUUUAAAAUAGCACUGAACUAUAACUAAUAAUAAUUCACUCAUUGCAAACACAUUACAGUAUGCUUGACUUGUAUUUAGAGCUUAAGUGCAAGACCCACCAUUUGUCAGCAGAGGGCACAAAAAGUCUGUUAAGAAACAUUUGUUGGCCCCUGUGAGUCAAGUUUUUCAUGGUAAAUAAAAGCCUUCACUCAUGUUUUUGUGGUCAAACAUUUGUCAUGUAAAUCAGAGUGGAGAAAAUGGUUAUAUGGUUACAUCUCAAUUAACAGGGCCAAGUGGGACUUGUUAUUCCAAGGGUCAGCUCAGGAUAGAGAGGAUCUAAGUAAAAAACAUCAUAGAAUUUUGAUUUAAAGAAAAGUGGCAUUGAUCUUAAGUAAACACUGGAUAUGUUCUUUUGACCUUUGGCUAAAGACUAAUAAACACACCACCUGCCGGAUCCUGUAGUGUUUCCUACAGGAACACUGGUUGUGGAAACAGUGUCCACCUUGAUGAUCAGUUAAGGUUAUUGAUGUGAUGAGGGAUGAGGGGGGCUCAACAGUGCAGAAGCUAAGAGGAACUGCAAUGACUC